AUGUCAUUGCAGGAAAGCUUGAAUAAAUUUAAGCAACAGCAAGAGAAAUGUCAGUCGACUCUCACCAACAUAGCAGCCCGAGCACAAUCUUCAAAACCCCCCCAACCACAGAAAACAGCACCUUCAAGUUCUUCAGCUCCUUCAAAAGCACCUACUGCAAUUAAAUUUUCAAAUGACACAGAAAGGCUGCAGCACAUCAAUGCCAUUAGAAAGUCACCUGUUGGUGCACAAAUUAAACGUGUUAUUGAUCUACUUUUAGAGACAAGACAAGCCCUCACGCCAGAAGAGAUAAAUGAAGCAUGCUAUGUUGACAUAAAUGCAAAUAAGGCAGUCUUUGACAGUUUGAGGAAUAAUCAUAAAGUGAAUUAUGAUGGGAAGCGUUUUGCUUACAAGUCUAAACAUGAUCUGAAAGGAAAAGACCAAUUGCUUUCUCUGAUAAGGAAGUUUCCUGAAGGCCUUCCUGUUGUGGAUGUCAAGGAUGCAUACCCGUCUGUGAUGGAGGAUCUCCAGGCCUUGAAGGCAGCGGGUCAAGUUUGGCUUUUGUCCAACAUGGACUCGCAGGAGGACAUUGUAUACCCUAAUGACCCAAAGGUGACGAUAAAGGUGGAUGAUGAUCUGAAGCAGCUGUUCCGGGGGAUUGAAUUACCACGUGACAUGGUUGAUAUUGAGAAGGAGCUGCAGAAGAAUGGCAUGAAGCCUGCGACCAAUACAGCCAAGAGACGGGCCAUGGCCCAAGUCCAUGGCAUCACCUCGAAGCCCAAACCUAAGAAGAGACGCGAGAUUAGCCGAAGGACCAAGCUGACCAACGCACAUCUCCCUGAGCUCUUUGAGAAGCUGAAUGUUCCGGACUCUUGAAAGAGGAAUUUGUUCCUUUGGAGUUUCUUCUUACUUUUCCAUCAAGUUCUUGUCACGUGACCCUGCUAUUAUUUGUAUAAGAACCAGGUUAUGUAAUUACAAGAAUGUUGAAAAUGAUGAGUUGUGAUAUUGCACUCGGGUGCAUAUAUUUGAUGCUUUGGUAUCAAACCAGCUAUUUUGGUCGUGAAGAACAUCAGAUACGCUGGUCCUUGUUUC